AUGCAUUACCUAUCCACCAUUGCCUUUGCGUGGAUAACUAGCGCCCUGCCUAGUGCCAGCGCGGCCACUGUGCCCCUGCCCAACGAACCCGUUCUUAGCUUCUCCAAGGCUUUCCAGCUCGUGGCGCAUGUCACCAACAAGUCGCUUGACCUCACGCCCUCAGUCGAGCGCUGGUUUGUCUAUCCGUCGUACUUUGAAAACCACCACGUGCGUCGGUGGACAGCGCGCUUGAACCCACACACUUAUAUUGACAAGACAGACCCGUACUUUGCUGUGGGAUCGCAAGAAGAGUACGCGUUAGGCAUGAGCAACAUCAGCACACAGAUGCAGAUUGGAACCAGACACUUUGACCUGCUGUUCGCCAUCGAUGACCCCUACGAUUCUAACAAGCGCGGCGUCGAGUAUCUUACGCCUGGCUGUUUGUGCGAGCAGCAGAUUGCUCUCUCUGGGCUGCUUGACCCUACGUCGCAUGCUGUUCCCAAGGAUCAGUUUCUGGCGUGCGUGGGAUACUCGACCAACAUGGUCCGGCAUAUUGGACUGUACAACCUCGACACUAGCACCAACGCGACUAUUCCGACGGAUUGUGUGCCAGUUAGAAUCUACCCGGAGUGCCUGCCUUCGGAUGAAGUUCGUGAUGAGUAUAAGGCUAAGGUUGACGAGGCACCCGUGGUGAGGUGCUAUCAGCCUGGCGCGGAUUAUUCCGUGUUUGAUGAUCUGCCUACCUUGUAA